AUGGAUUAACAACGUUCAUCGCUUUGUGUAAGUUUGCAUAAUGUAGAGUUUGCAAAAGAUUAUCAUUACUUCAUUACUGUAUAAUUAAAUGUAGAUGGGGAGAAGGUAGAAUGAAAUAAUUAAUUUUAUAAUAGAAAAGAACUGAUGUGAGUGCCUAAGUUGCAGCACCUGUAUUUGCAGCGAGUACUUUUAUAAUACCACUUUCUAAUUUUAAAUUGGACAUUAAUGAUUACUUGCAUGUAAAAAUAAUACCUUAUCCAUGAAAGUUCGAAGCUUAUGUUGUAACUGAUCGUGAAUAAGGACGUGGACCUGAUCUAGACAAUUAAGGUUAGGCAAGGUUAUUAGGAGAGUGUAUAUUAAAAUUGGGUGAUUUCACAGGUCCAUUGACAGACAUAAGUGGAACAGGGGUUAGAUAACAUUUGAAAUUUGUUCGUCGAAAUGAUAAGUAAGUAACUGUGGGAAGAUUUAUUGUAAAUCUUAAAUUAGUAGGCGAACAAAUAAUUCCAAUUAAUGAUGAGAAACCAUUAGAAUCAGAUGAAAUAUUCUAACCUCUUCCAGCAUCUGAUCCAUUCAUGAGCUUUACAUGGAGAUUAAGAGUAGAUAUAAGGGCAUGUAUGGAUAUGCCUUUACACCGUGAUUCUCAAUCUGGUUUACCUAGAGGAUUUGUAAAAUUGGGUUGGUCUUAAUAUGAUAAUUAACCUCCAUCUGAACAUCAUAUGCAUUUAACAAAGAUUAGAGAUUAAAAUCGACAUCCAAUUUGGAACUAACAAUUUUUGAUUCCUAAUCCUUAAACUGUUACAACUUUAGAUGGGUAUUUAUAUCUUAGUUUGAUUGAUGAUGUUGGAUAAAGAGAAAUAGAGAGUGUUUAUUUUCCAAUUUCAUAAAUGAGACCCUUUUAACCAAUGAAUUUUGAAUUACAAUUUAAAUUUGCAGAAUAUGAGGCUAGACCUAGAUUGUAUAUGUCAAUAACUUUAGAAAUGGCUGAUAAAUAGAAAUUUUUAGAUGAAUUAAUUGAUAUUAUAGUAAAGAUGGUUCAUUAUGAUCCAUUGCCAUAUGCAAGUAGAACUAAUUUGAUUAUGACAUUGAAUCAAACAAAAAUUAAAGAAGUGCCUUAUUCAGUAAUAGAUUUGAAAGGUGCCCCAACUUUAGCUCAAGCUUUAAGUAAUGCUCAAUCUGAUGUGUUCAUAUCAUCUAUAAUGAAAAUACCACCUCAUAAAGCUGAUAAAGUUUAUAAUGCAGUAGCAGUAUUUACAUUGCCUAAAUCUUAAUUGGAAGUAUUCUUUAUGUUGAUCUUAAUAGAGUGGAAUUGCAUUCUAUUUAGCUACUAGAGAUGACACAAUCAAAUCUAUGCAUUCAAUGCCUAAUGGAAUAGUCGGAUAUUCAGAGAUAAUUGAUGAUUGGCUUCGUAAAUUAUAUUAUUCCAAAGAGAAAAAGUAAGCCUUUUUUCCUAUUACUUGGUCUGAUGAAUCCAAAUAAAAACCUUUAUUUAUGAAUAGUAGAUGUUAAGUAGAAUUGACUUGUAUGGAAGCAGCAGAUAAUCCUGCAAUAAGUAGAGUUUCAUCAUCAAAGAAAUCCACUAGAUUAGUACCUAGAACACCAGAUAUGAAAGCUUUGGCUGAAAAUGUUUCAGGAGCAGAUAGAUCAAAGUGGGAUAUUUUGUCAAAAGAGCUUUCAUAAAAAUAAGAAAUGAUUCAUAGAUUAAUGAAAGAAGUAGAUGAUAAAACUGAGAGUCUUAAAAUAACAGGAACAGAAAUUGUUGAUUUAAGAAGAUAAGUUAAAUUGUUAUAGAGUGAGAAUUCUAUAUUAAGAAAACGUUUAGCACAUGAGGAAUCACUUGAAAUCUAAUCUAUUAUAACAAAAGAAAUAGCUGUUAUGUCUAUGGAAGAAUUAAGAUAAAAAAUAAUAAAAGUUGCUCAAGCUUAUCGUAAUGAAAGAGUAAGAAAUGAAGAAUUUGAAAAAGCUUUGAAAACUGCUUAAAAAGAUAUUGCUUCUGCAAGAUAACUUGAAGUAGAAUUGGAAUCAUUAUAAAGGGUUCAUUAAGAGAAUGCCAAGAAAAUGUUGGUCAUGUAAUAAGAAAUCCAAAAAGUAGGUGUUUAUAAAGAGGCUGUUAAAAAAUAAGAAACUGUAAUAUCUAAAUUAGAGAAAUUAAUGGAAACAUCAUUAAAAGAUGCUUAAAAAGCUAGAUAGGCAUAAUUAGAGGUUGAAUAACUUAAAAGCGAAAAUCUCAAUUUGUAAAAAUAAUUAAAAGGAAUUGUAUAUGGAGAAGACAUUGGAGAAUUAGAGCGUUAUAAAUAAGAAUGUUAGAGAUUAGAGAGAAUUGUUGCUAAUAUGAAAGAAGAGUUAAGAAAUAAAAGACCUGUAAGUAAUAGUGGGGCUGAUUGGGAAUAAGAUAAAAUGGAAUUAGAAGUUAAAUUACAUAAAGCUAAUGCUAGAAUAGAGGCUUUACAAGAUGAAAUGACAUAUAAUGCAAAAAAUUAUGCUAAGGAAAUAGCAUAAUUAAAAUUGAUAAUUGCAGAGAAACAAGCAUUAUUAGAUUCUUUAACAAUGGGUGGAUAAUGA